AUGCCCUCUUCCAGGGUCUCGGAACGCCUCAGCGUGCUCUUGUGCGUACUACUCUGGCUGGCUGGUCUGCACUCUGUCGCGGCACAUGCCGUCAGCAGAGAUACUCCCAGUGAGGGCGACCCGGCGACAGCAGCGGCACGUCACCAGGUCCGCCAGCGGCUGAGCCUCAACAAGGACUGGCGCUUUUCACGCUUCACGUCCAACCCGGACUCGCUCUCGUACGCCACGCUCAAGCCAUGGAUGCUUGCGUCGUCCACCAAAUUCACCCCAUCCAAGGCCCAGCCGCCCGUGGUGCCCUCCACAACUCCCGCAGCCAUCAAUGCCAAGUAUGCACAGGCGGGGUUUGACGACAGCGCGUGGGAGGCUGUGAACGUGCCGCACGACUGGGCUAUCAAGGGCCCUUUUGGCGCGCCGGGCGUGAGUGGCGGGAUGGGCCGUCUGCCGUCCAACGGCGUGGGCUGGUACCGCCGCAACGUGACAUUGGAGGCCGCGGACAAGGGAAAGUCGGUGUUUCUCGACAUUGAUGGCGCCAUGUCGUAUGCGGCUGUGUGGCUCAACGGCCAUCUCGUGGGCGGCUGGCCUUACGGCUAUGCCUCGUUCCGCUUGGACUUGACCCCGUAUGUUGUGGCCGGCGGCGACAACACUCUGGCCAUUCGCCUCGACAACGCACUGGACAACUCGCGCUGGUACCCGGGCGCCGGCAUCUACCGCAACAUCUGGCUCGUCAAGGUGGAUCCCGUGCAUGUGGACCAGUUUGGCACCUUUGUUACGAUGCCAGCUGUCUCCGCCGACAGCGCCACGGCCCAUCUUGUUGUCGAGGUUGAGAACACGGCCACGGAGAGCCGCCAAGUCGACGUUCACACCGAGGUGCACGUCUUUGACGCAGCCACGCGCAGCGCUGCCAAGGACGUUGUCGUUGCGUUUGCAAAGACAGCCCUCACUGUGCCCGCCGGCAGCACUGCAUCGACCAACAGCUCGGCCACCAUUCCCAGCCCGCUGCUCUGGGGUCCACCUCCCGACCAGAAGCCCCAUCUGUACGUCGCUGUAACCACUCUGUCUGUCAACGGCUCCGUCGUCGACACGUACGAGACCCGGUUUGGUGUCCGCAGCAUCACGUACGACGCCAACAAUGGUCUUUUCGUCAAUGGUAAGAAGGUGCGCGUCCAGGGCACGAACAACCACCACGACCAGGGAGCUCUCGGUGCCGCCUUCCACGUGCGCGCCGCCGAGCGCCAGCUGGAGAUGCUUCAAGACUUUGGUUGCAACGCCCUGCGCACCUCGCACAACCCGCCGGCGCCUGAGCUUGUAGACCUUGCCGACGAGAAGGGUUUCUUGGUCUUUGACGAGAUCUUUGACAGCUGGGCCGGCGCCAAGACCACCAACGACUUCCACCUCAUCUUCUCCGACUGGCAUGAGGCCGAUCUGCGUGCGUUUGUCCGCCGCGACCGCAACCACCCGUCCGUCAUCGUGUGGAGCUAUGGUAACGAGAUUGGUGAGCAGAAGAGCGACUCGUCGCGGCGGGUGGCCCAGGAAUUGCACGACAUGAUCCAUUCCGAGGACCCAACGCGGCCGACCACGGCGUCCAUGAACUCGGCGGGAGCUGGCAGCGCGUUCGCCGAUGUCAUGGACGUGGAGAGUCUCAACUACCAGGGCGAGGGCAUGGGCACGUCGAACUUCUCGUCCUUCCCAAGCUUCCACAAGGCAUACCCCAACAAGAUGAUCUGGACCAGCGAGAGCGCUUCGACGCUGAGCUCGCGCGGCACGUACAUCUUCCCUGUCACGUCUGCGUACAGUGCCAUUGUGGGUAGCAAUUCGGGCGGCGACGACGCCAACAUGUACGUCAGCGCCUACGACCUGUACGCCCCGUCCUGGGCCUCGUCGCCCGACAAGGUGUUUGCGAUGCAAGACGAGCACCCGUACGUGGCCGGCGAGUUUGUCUGGACGGGCUUCGACUACAUUGGCGAGCCGACGCCGUACAACAAUGCACGCAGCUCGUACUUUGGCAUCAUCGACUUGGCUGGUUUCCGCAAGGACCGCUUCUACAUGUACCAGGCACGCUGGCGCCCGGGCGUGCCCAUGGCCCACAUCUUGCCGCACUGGACGUGGCCCGACCGGGUGGGCAAGGUCACGCCCGUGCACGUUUUUUCGUCCGGCGACGAGGCCGAGCUGUUUGUCAAUGGCCAGUCGGCCGGCCGCCUCAACAAGGCCGAGUACACCUACCGUUUCCGCUGGGACAACAUCACCUAUGCCGCGGGGGACCUCCGUGUCGUCACGUACAAGAACGGCAAGGAGUGGGCUGUCGACGCCGUCAAGACCGUCGGCGCAGCCACCCACCUGAACUUGGUCGCCGACCGCACGACGAUCGCGGGCGACGGUCUUGAUCUGUCGUACCUGACCGCGAGUGUGGUCGACGCCGACGGCAACACGGUGCCGCAGGCCAACAACGCCAUCACAUUCACGGUGGCAGGCGCCGGCGAGCUCGUCGCGACGGACAACGGCGACCCGACCGACAUGACGGCGUUUCCCAGCGCGACGCGCAAAGCCUUCAGCGGUCUGACACUUGCCAUUGUGCGGGCCAAGGGCUCGGACGACGCCGGGAAGAAUGUGACUGUAUCGGCGAGUGCGCCGGGUCUGAAGGGCGCAAAGGUGACAUUGAUUUUGUCGUGA